CAAGUUCCGGUGAACUGUCAUUUGGCGGGGAAAAUUGUCAUUAGCACUUUGGACUGUUACGAAGAUGAGGCGUUUAUUACUAAUUUCAAACUCUACACUUCAUGGAAGUGGAUAUCUAGACCACUGUAAAGAUCAAAUAAAGUCGUUUUUGACAGAUAAAGUGAAAACUGUGUUGUUUGUACCAUAUGCUCUACAUGAUCGGGAUCAGUAUGCAAGUAUUGCAAGAACAGCCUAUAAUUCUAUAGGUUUCAACUUAGAAAGUAUACAUGAGAAACCUAAUGCUGUGGAUGCUGUAAGACAAGCUGAGGCAAUAUUUAUAGGUGGUGGGAACACAUUCCGUUUGCUUAAAACUUUGUAUGAUGAAAACAUAGUUGAUGAAAUCCGCAAACGAGUGUUUGAAGACAGUAUGCCGUAUAUCGGUUCCAGCGCUGGCUCUAAUGUGGCCACCGUCAGCAUCAACACGACCAAUGAUAUGCCGAUUGUGUAUCCACCCUCAUUUAAAGCUCUAGGAUUGGUUCCCUUUAAUAUUAACGCCCAUUACCAAGAUCCUGAUCCCAACAGUAAACAUAUGGGGGAGACAAGGGAGCAAAGGAUCAAUCAGUAUCAUGAAUAUGAGGACUCACCUUCUGUAUUAGGGAUAAGAGAAGGUUGUAUCCUGCAUGUGGAGGGAGACAAAGCCACUCUGAAAGGUGUUACAAAUGCAAGACUCUUUGAGAGAGGAAAGGAGCCUGUUGAAUAUGACAGUGGAUCAGAUAUGAGCUUUCUACUGAAAGUAUAAAAACAUUAACUAUCUGGUUAGGCCAUUUCUCAUCCAGCUGAUGAUGUAUUGACUAAGAAAUCUGUACAACAGCUCUUACUUAAAGUGUAUAAAGCUUAUAUAUAUCUGAUGCAAAAAUUAUUGUUUGUAUUUUUAAAAAAAAAAACACUUCAGAAAUGUUUGUAUGAAAUAAAAAUGGCAAUAAAUUGCCUUAAAGUGAGUGGUGCAUGCACAGUCAAACCCUAUUUAAAAUAGCAAUAUAAUAUUUUGUCUCAGAAUAUUUUUUUCUGUUUACGUACAACUUUUAUGUGUAUUAAAUAACAGAGACAUUCUAUGUUACAACUUUUUCUGGAAUCAACCAUAUAAUAAUGGAACCAAUAUAAUUUUACUUUUAAAGAUAUUUCAUAAGAUAUAGAUUUAUACCCUUUAAUGAGUGAAGAAAUAUGCUAAUGCUUUAAUUUUAUUAUUUUUAACAUAAUAUGCAAUAUUCCAGCAGAAUAUAUAUUCUAUUGUUAUAUCUCCAAUGAUUAUAGCUAGUAAAAGAGGUCAGGUAUUACACUGUUUAAAUUAGAGUUUUUAAUGUCAGUGUUUUAGAAUAGAUAUAAAAUUAUUAACUUGUAAAAGUUAAAAUUAAAUUAUUGAAUUAUUUUAUUGUUGACUGAUUGAUUGAAAACCAUUGAACAAACAAUACAACAAAAUCAUGGUUAUUUAGGGAAUUUCCAGUCCUGGUUUGAUGAUUGUCCAGUUUUGGUGGUCCCAGUCCUAGCUGUAAAUGAAACUAGAAGAUUCAUUUCAUUCGUUCAUAGAAUUGUUUAUUUGUUAGGGGUGACAUAUAUGGACCAAUUACAUAUAAUUAUGUCAAUGCAAAGGAAUAACUUGAGCUUGACUAUUCAAAGAAUGGUGUGGCUUAUUUUCCUACUAAUCUUUGUGUUGGUGAAACACUUUUUAGGGUCUAUAUUAGGCCCUUUACUCUUCACUUUUUACAUGCGACUUUUUAUCUCAUCAACCACUAAAGAUAUUUGCUUGUAACUUCAGACAUGGCUUUGAGAUAUAAUUGGAGGUCAAUGUCAAAAUCAAUUAACUUUUGCAUGGAAAUUUACUGACUAAUGACCCUUGUGAACUUCAAAUAUUCCUCAUUAAAGUUUUUUGCACAUUAUGGAUCUUCAAAACUACUGAAGAUAUUCAUUUGAAUACAAUUAUGUCUUCAGGAUCAUAAUUUGUCAGUAAUUUACAUAAUCAUAAGCAUGUCCUAGUUUUCUUUAAUGAAAUCUUCCUGUUUUGUUAGUUCCUACAUUGUCCGGGCUCUUUUUUUAAGCACAAUAACUCUUGUUAUAAUUUUACAACAUAUUUUUGGAAGUAUUUUCUUGUGAUGACAAAACAUGUGUCUAUAUGCAAUCACUCAUUUACUUAAGGUUGAUAAGGUUGAUAUUAAUUUUUAUUUUGUACAUUAACAAUAAUGUAGAAAUAUAUAUUUAUGUAUAUAUA